GAGUUACUUCCGGUGCUUUACCACAUGCGUCUGUUUACGGCUAGAGAAGUGAUGUCGUACGUAUAAAACAGAGUAAACUACUUUCAUAUUUUACUUUGUGGCUCGGGUAAAAAUGCUUCUGUUUUGUCCAACUUGUGGGAAUGUUUUAAUCGUCGAGGAAGGACAGAAGUGUAUGAGAUUCGCCUGCAACACUUGUCCCUACAUACAUAACAUCACAAGAAAGGUAAACAACAGGAAAUACCCGAAACUCAAAGAGGUGGAUGAUGUUCUGGGUGGAGCUGCAGCUUGGGAAAAUGUGGACUCAACUCCUGAAACUUGUCCCAAGUGUGAGCAUCCUCGGGCAUACUUCAUGCAGAUUCAAACCAGAUCAGCAGAUGAACCGAUGACGACUUUUUACAAAUGCUGCAAUGCCCAAUGCGGACACAGAUGGAGAGAUUAACACCUUUGCACUUGUGAAAAAACUUGUUUGGCACAAAUUAUUCUGCUCUUCCCUCGUACUUAAUUUAUUGUACAGUCAUAGCUGGUUUAACUAAAACCUUCCCUUUUUCUUUUGACCUUUACCAACUGUAUUUACUUUACAAGCAUUGUUGAUAGAUUAAAUUCAAAUGUGUUUCACUAGAAAAUCAUGUUCUGAUUUUUAUUGAUAAAAUAGUAGCUGUAUACAACAGUCCAACAAAUUUGUCGUACAUAGUUUUACAUCGUCACAGACAUUUAGAAAGCAAUGCACACCAGCAUUUUCCACCACAAUGGCAUAUGAUACAGUGUAUUCAAAGUUCAACGCAGUCCUUCAUCUCCACACUGGCCUUCGUGCACAUUUUAGCUAGCCUCAAGAAAAGAAAAAGAAAAACUUCAAAUGCACAGUCAAGAAACCAGCGAUUCAUUUGACGACGUGUGGCUCAUGCAGACGAACUCUGCACCGGUGAGCAAAGGUGAACCGCAGAUGGGGCAUGCUGUGGCGGAACGACGGUUUCAUUGAUUGUAUGAACCUCAGACACAAUUUUGCAAAGAUAUCUGCUGUAAUUGUUUAUUUAAAGCUAACUCCUAACAGAUGUUCUUUUACAGUAUUA